AAAACCUUACCACCAUUCUCAUAAAUGUUAAAACAAAAGCUCCCCUUUCCACAUUCAAGCCUCACCCUGUUCUUGUGUCCACAACCAUGGGCUUUCUCUUCUUCAUUUUCCUUUUCAUUUCCCAUCUAAACACUGCAUUUUCAGGUCAUUGCAGCACCACCACCGCCACCAAGACUUUCCAAAAAUGUACGACACUCCCCACACAACAAGCCUCUAUUGCUUGGACAUUCCAUCCCCAUAAUGCCACAUUAGACCUUUGCUUCUUCGGCACUUUCAUUUCGCCUUCCGGUUGGGUCGGGUGGGGUAUCAAUCCGACGUCCGCGGAAAUGACCGGCACACGCGCCCUCGUUGCAUUUCCGGACCCUAAUUCUGGCCAGUUGGUACUACUACCUUACAUUCUUGACCCAUCUGUCAAGCUCCAAAAAUCACCACUCCUCUCUCGCCCACUUGAUAUCCACUUGAUAUCUUCAUCGGCUACGUUGUAUGGUGGCAAGAUGGCUACUAUACACAAUGGUGCUACGGUUCAAAUUUAUGCCACGGUGAAACUUGUACCAAACAAGACCAAAAUUCACCAUGUUUGGAACAGAGGACUGUAUGUCCAAGGCUACUCCCCAACCAUCCAUCCCACAACAUCUAACGACCUUUCCUCGAUCACUACAUUUGAUGUCUUGUCUGGCUCAGCUGCUACACAGCACAACAACGUAGACAUGCUCAAACUUGUUCACGGAAUCCUUAACGCCAUCUCCUGGGGCUUAUUACUACCGAUGGGCGCUGUCACGGCACGGUACUUACGCCACGUACAAGCACUAGGACCUACGUGGUUUUACGUCCAUUCAGGUAUCCAAUUGUCAGCAUUUUUCCUGGGAACAGUGGGGUUUGCAAUUGGGAUCCGGAUGGGAGCCAUGUCACCAGGAGUGACGUAUGGACUCCAUAAAAAGCUUGGAUUCGCAGCGUUUUGCUUGGGGGCUCUUCAAACACUUGCUCUGCUGUUUAGGCCUAAGACUACACAUAAAUUCAGGAAGUACUGGAAAUCCUACCACCAUUUUGUUGGGUACUCUUGUGUGGUGCUCGGGGUUGUGAAUGUUUUCCAGGGCUUUGAAGUUAUGGGGGAAGGCAGGUCCUAUGCUAAGCUGGGGUAUUGUUUGUGCUUGUCAACAUUGGUAGGUAUAUGCAUAGCUUUGGAAGUGAAUUCUUGGGUGAUAUUUUGUAGGAAAUCUAAAGAAGAAAAGAUGAGGAGAGAAGGACUGAUUUCAGGAUCAGAUAAAGGUAGUGGAAUCCACAGUGGAACCCAUAGUGGAAUCCAUGGCUAAAUAAAUAUAAAAAGAGGAGAAGAAAAUGAGAGAUUAAAUGGUUCGCUAAACAUCACAUUUGGGGUUUAAUCUUUUUAAGGAUUACUGGGAUGCUGCUUUGAGCAACAGGUUUUCAGUUGUAUUUAUAGCCCAAAUAUACAUGAUAAAAAAAUGUUGCUUGGAACUGUUGAGAGCAACAAGUUUUUGUUUCAUCCUUUAUGUAAAGUUGAAGCAAAUUUUGCAUUUCAAUGAGAAGAUUCAAAUACGAUGUUGGAUUGGAA